AUGAACUUGUCACCCGAUGAGCAAAAAUUAGUUUUAACUGCUAUUCAGUCGCUGAAGCUUCCAGGGCCAUAUAUUUCACAUGGACCGAUUGAACAGAACGGCUCACUGUACAAUAAUUUUUUGAUUCAUCUGAAAGACAAUAAUAUCACGACAGUUGAGGCUAUUACCAAAGAGGUUGUCAAAACUGCCGUCCGGACAAUUUAUGCCACUCGGAGCAAUCUCGCUAAAUCCGAGGAACAAGUCUUAAAAAUGAUCGAAGCUUACGGAAACAUUAUCCAAUAUAACUUAAAUAUAUUGGCCUCUCAUGUCGACGUGGUUUUGAUACCUCCACAGGAACAAGUUACUAUGCCACAGAUGAACAGGUACUUGACUGUGAUGUGUAGUCAUCGAGAGGAGGUCCUGUAUGAUAUUCGCACCAAAUCAAGGCCGACAGAUCUUCUAGUUUAUAAAAUUUGGACUUGGUCUGACCAAGUAGAACCAUUUUCACUGCAGUUGCAGAAAUUAAUCGUUUCCUUAACGAUAAAAUUUGUUAUUGCUGACACUUACGGCAUUACCAUCUACGGGAUCCCUAAAUUUGGAAGUUUCAACCACCGUAAUUUCGUAAAUUGGUUAAAAAUCUGGAAAUUACCUCCGGAAAUAAUGCCGUCGACAUAUACCCAAAAGGGCGUACUUGCUUUAAAGACGCGAAAGCCAGCUAGCAAGCUAACCUCACGUAAAAGCCGGUCCACCAGCUUGAGUAUCGCUAAAUCAGAUUCAAAUCCGCAACACUCAAAGCAGUUGUCGACACAAAAUAUCGCUAAAACUCGGCGAACUGUGCUCGGCGAACCUCAUAAACAUUCGCGCUCUUUUUGUACAGAUCAGAAACGGUCAAUCUCGGAAAGCACCGGCAACCUCAGCCCGUACAUCAAAAGACAAAGAAAAUUAUACAGAAAAGUCUCGUAUUAUCGAUCGAGUUCAUCCGACUCUGCAGAUAAUAAUUCAAAUGAACUCCCGAAACCUCCGGUAAAAAUGGACGAACAGUCAUCUUCCGAUACCAAUGAGUCUCGUGCCUCAGAUAGUGUGGCACGAAUGCCGUCCCCCACCGAUACCGAGGACUUCAAUGCCGUGGUAGUUCCGGAAAGACAGCCAUCCCUCGUGGAUCCUAAGGAGUCUGGUGCCGCGGUAUCAGUAAUUCCGGAAAGUCAGCCAUCCCCGGUCAAUACAAGGAGUUGCCAUUGUCCUGUCCACCAAUGAAUGAAACCUCUGAAAAUGACGGAAAGGAAGAGUCAAAUAACGACAAACAAUUAUCGGAUAGAGAUACAUUAAAGAUGAAAUUGGAUUCCAUCCUGGAAAAGUAUGGCCAUCGGACAGAUAUAAAUAUUAAAAUCAAGUCGAUGGGUCCCUACUAUCAUUCCCUAGUAAACGACGAGUGUUCAAAAUAUUUCAAAUCUAUUUGCCGCUGUUAUCUUACCCAAAAUGUAAAAGACGAAGAUUUGGAAUUCAUCAUGAAAGUUAUGGAAAACAUUUCCGAACUCGUUGCGAUCGAU